CGACGCGCCACCUGUGAACUGACAUUCCGACGGUUUUUUUUUUUGCAAAAAGCAAGCGUGAAAAAAUCACUCUCCAGAAAAUCUGUGAAAAACUCUGUGUGUUUAAUACUUUUGCAGCAUAUUUUCCAACAAGACGUCACGAUGGCGUCCUACCAAAUCGCUAAUCUGCUGGAUAAGAUGACAUCCAAUGACAAGGACUUCCGAUUCAUGGCCACGAAUGAUCUGAUGACGGAACUGCAGAAGGAUAGCAUCAAAUUGGACGAUGAGUCGGAAAAGAAGGUUGUCCGGAUGGUCCUGAGGCUUCUGGAGGACAAAAAUGGGGAAGUGCAGAAUCUGGCGGUGAAGUGUCUGGGUCCGUUGGUGAUAAAGGUCAAGGAGAAUCAGGUGGAGACAAUUGUGGAUUCCCUGUGUGCUAAUAUGGUUUCCAAUAAGGAACAAUUGCGAGAUAUUUCGAGCAUUGGCCUCAAGACUGUCAUCUCAGAAUUGCCACAGACUCCCAAUUCCCUGGCUCCCAAUGUCUGCCAGCGAAUCACGGGGAAACUGAGCAAUGCCAUUGAGAAGGAGGAUGUCAGUGUGCAACUCGAAGCACUAGACAUCCUCUCUGACCUUCUUUCGCGCUUUGGGGACCUCCUGGUGCCCUUCCAUGAUACCAUCCUCAAGGCACUGGUGCCACAGCUCGGUUCGCAGCGUCAGGCUGUACGGAAGAGGACCAUUGUGGCACUGUCUCAUCUCCUGACUUCCUGCAGCAACAGCGCAUACAACAAAGUCAUCGAACAUCUCCUGGAGGGCCUCAAGAAGCCUCAGAACACCAGCACCAUCCGCACCUACAUCCAAUGCUUGGCAUCAAUCUGCCGCCAAGCUGGGCAUCGUCUCUGCAAUCACAUCGACCGGGUGAUGGUGCUCCUGAAUGAGUACAGCCAGAGGGAGGAUGAUGAACUGCGCGAAUUCUGCCUCCAGGCCUGCGAAGCUUUCAUCCAGAGGUGCCCAGAAGCCAUCGUUCCUCACAUACCAAGCAUCGUGUCUCUCUGCCUGGAUUACGUUACAUACGAUCCCAAUUACAACUACGAGGCAGAUGACGGAGAUGCCGGAGUGUCAAUGGACACGGAAGAGGAGGAGGAUGUUGACAGUGAAGAGUACAGUGAUGAUGAUGACAUGAGUUGGAAGGUUCGUCGAUCGGCCGCAAAAUGUCUCGAAUCGGUCAUUUCGACGCGCCAUGAAUUGCUGGAGGAGUUCUACAAGACUCUGUCCCCAGCUCUGAUCUUGCGUUUCAAGGAGCGCGAGGAGAAUGUCAAAUCAGACAUUUUCCAUGCCUACAUUGCACUGCUGAAAGCCACUCGGCCCACCGAUGACUCCAGUCACGAUCCGGAUUCGAUGGAACAAGUACCGGGUCCGAUAAGUAUGUUGCAUGAUCAGGUGCCGGAGAUUAUCAAGGCUAUACAGCCACUGAUGCGUGAGAAGUCAGUGAAGACGCGUCAGGACUGUUUUCUGUUGCUACGUGAACUGCUGAAUGCUCUGCCGGGUGCUCUGGCAAAGCAUGUGGAUCAGUUGAUGCCGGGAAUAACGUAUUCGCUGAGUGAUAAGAAUUCAACGUCGAAUAUGAAGAUUGAUGCUCUGAGUUUUGUGUGCUGCUUGCUGCAGGGGCACAAUCCUCAGGUCUUCCAUCCGCACAUUCAGGUGUUGGUGCCGUUGGUGGAGAAUGCGGUGUUUGAUCCGUUUUACAAGAUUGCAACGGAGGCUCUGCUUGUCCUUCAGCAAUUGGUUAAGGUUAUUCGUCCGCUCAAUAUGGAGACGAAUUUUGAUUUCGCUCCAUUUGUUCCUCAGUUGUACAAUUGUACGCUUCAGAAGUUGAGGUCUCCUGAAGUUGAUCAAGAGGUCAAGGAGCGGGCGAUUGCUUGUAUGGGGCAAAUCAUUGCGAAUAUGGGAGAUGUCUUGAGGACAGAGUUGACAACGUGUUUGCCGUUGUUUAUGGAACGUUUGAGGAAUGAGGUGACGAGAUUGAGUUCGGUCAAGGCGUUGACGAUGAUUGCAGCGUCUCCGCUUAGGGUGAACUUGUCACCUAUUCUGGCUGACGUUAUUCCCACUCUUGGUUCGUUCUUGCGCAAAAAUCAACGUGCUCUGAAGCUCAAUUCUCUCACGUUGUUAGACACUUUGGUUAUCAACUACAGUCCCUUCUUCAAUCCGGACCUCCUGAAGACGGCAAUUCAGGAGGUUCCGCCUUUGUUGUCAGAAUCAGAUCUGCAUGUGGCACAGUUGUCACUGGUCUUUCUGACGUCGGCGGCUCAGCAACAGCCUCAGGCUGGGGUGUAUGAGGCCAUUUUGCCAGAAGUGAUGACCCUAGUUAGGUCUCCGCUUCUGCAGGGAACGGCCUUGAAUUGCACACUGAAGUUCUUCCAGGCUUUGGUACAGGCCAAUCUGCCAAGGUUGAGCUACAAUUUCCUACUGGAAAUGCUAAUGGCACCGGUUAUUAAUCAACAACCGGGUCAGGUGUUGCACAAGCAGGCCUAUCACUCAUUGGCAAAAUGUGUCGCCGCUAUAACGCUUCAGGUGCCUGUCCAGGCUGAACCUGUAGCAACGCAACUCCUGCACGAUAUACAGGAUUGCAAUACAGAUACGUACUUGGUGUUCUGUCUGUUGACCAUUGGUGAGAUUGGACGACACUUCAAUCUCAGCAGCAUCGAGAUGCUGCCUCAGUGCAUUCUCAGCUGCUUCGGGGCUCAGAGUGAGGAUGUCAAGGCGGCUGCAAGUCAUGCAUUGGGAGCUGUAGCUGUUGGUAAUCUCAAUUGCUACCUUCCGUUUAUCCUCACGGAAAUCGAGGCUCAGCCGAAGAGGCAGUAUCUGCUUCUGCAUUCACUCAAAGAAGUCAUCUCAUCCUUGUCUCUCAGUCGUGCUGGCCUAGAGCAACUUAUCCCUUCUGUUCCUUCAAUCUGGGCUCAGUUGUUCAAGCACUGCGAAUGUUCGGAGGAGGGAUCACGAAAUGUUGUGGCUGAAUGUCUCGGAAAACUUGUCCUUGUCCUACCCGAUGAACUACUCCCAGGUCUGCAGCAGGCUCUGAAGAGCGAUAGCGCUCUCAUGCGAACAGCCGUAGUGUCCUCCAUAAAGUUCACAAUUUCCGAUCAACCUCAGCCCAUUGAUCCCCUCCUGAGGCAGUGCAUUGGACAAUUCCUCUAUGCAUUGCAAGAUCCAGAGCCGUCAGUUCGACGUGUCGCCCUUGUGGCCUUCAAUUCGGCCGUACACAAUAAACCCAGUCUCGUUCGGGAUCUCCUCCCCGAACUCCUUCCACAACUCUACUCGGAAACGAAGAUCAAGAAGGAAUUGAUUAGAGAGGUGGAAAUGGGACCCUUCAAGCACACCGUCGACGAUGGAUUGGACAUACGGAAGGCGGCAUUCGAAUGUAUGUACACAUUGCUGGAGCAGGGACUCGAUCGGGUUGACAUUAUGCAGUUCCUGGAGCAUGUUCAGGCCGGACUUAAGGAUCACUAUGACAUCAAAAUGCUCACGUACUUGAUGACUGCCAGAUUGGCUCAAUUGUGCCCGACUGCAGUCCUCCAGAGACUCGAUCAGUUUGUUGAUCCACUCAGAGCCACCUGUACCUUGAAAGUCAAAGCCAAUUCUGUGAAGCAGGAGUAUGAGAAGCAGGAUGAACUUAAGAGAUCUGCCCUGAGAGCUGUUGCUGCAUUAGCUUCUAUUCCUAAAGCUGAUAAAAAUCAACAUUUGAGUGAAUUCUUAGCACUUAUUCGAGGUACACCAGAUCUUCAGACGCUCUAUGAGUCAGUUCAGAAGGAUACAUCGGUCAAUAGCAAUUCAGAUUCGGGCAUUAGCAUGGAUCAGAGCUAAAAAUGUUCAAUAGAAUCCUACUCCAAAAUCGUAAUUGACGCAAUCUGUUUAGAAAUCGUCACGCGUAACCCCUUUUUUUUCAAAAGAAGCAUCUCAGAGGUAUGUUUUAAGUUUUCUUUUCUUAUUUCUUCUUUUUAAUUAUUUUUUAUUUGUGAAAUUGCGGGAACUGAAUUGAUUUCAAUUUAAUACAAAUGAGACGAAUUUUAAUUUAAUUUGGAGAGACGAAAGAAGUAAAACGAACAAGAUUUUUUUUGGAGCACAAUUUAUUGAUUGUUUUUUUCUUGUCAAAUUAUCAUUAUUAUUAAGUAAUUAAUUAUUAAAAAUAUGGGGGUGUAAUAAUCUCACAAAGAAAGAUUACAAAAGGAAAAAAAAACAAAUCUCUCAUCUGAGAAUAAAAAUACCUUUUUCAAAUAAUUAUCUUUUUUGUGCAGAACAUUAUUUGUUUUCAUUCUUUUAUGCAUUUUCUUAAAUUUGUAUUUAAUAUAGAAAGUUUAUUGACUACAAAGGAUAGAAAUGUGAGGGAAAAAAAAUAUCGGAAGGAUUUGAAAGGUAAAAGAAGGAGAUAAUGAGGAUUUUUUUAAAAGGGACUUUCGAAGGAUUAAUUGUAUAACAGUGAAAGAAAAAAAUAUUAAGUACAUAUAAUUGAGAUAAAUAAAGUAUUAAAAACCAUUCAA